GUGGAGGCAAGUGCCUUUCUUCCUGUUGAGAAUGAUUCAGGCAGGAGAGGCAAUAAAAAUUCCCUGAAAGAAGACAAGGAGGCACAGUGGAAUAGACUGCAGCUGAAAAGCCACCAGACAGAGAUUCCCUCUCCAUUCAAGACCUCCACUGGGAAGAACAUUGGCUUUGAGUCACCUCUGGAGACAAAGCUAGUCCUGAGUUGCACGAAAUGUCUCUACCUUGGCUGAUAACUCUGAGUUGCCUUGCAGCUUCGCUUUUCCCUGCAACUCUUGGCACCCAAAGAAGAGAAGCCUGCAAUUGCAAUGGGAAGUCCAGAUACUGCAUCUUCGAUCCUGAGUUGCUCAGGCAACAGGGAAAUGGGUAUCGGUGCCUCAAUUGUAUUGACAACACGGAUGGAAUAAAUUGUGAGCAAUGCAAAGAGGGCUUCUAUCGCCUGUCUCAACAAGAUCGUUGCAUGCCCUGCAACUGCAACCUCAGAGGUUCUGCCAGUGCACAAUGUGAUAACCAUGGCCGGUGUUACUGCAAACCUGGAGUGACAGGUGAUAAAUGUGACCGAUGCCAGCAUAAUUUCCAUUCCUUCUCUGAGGCUGGAUGCAUAGCUGUUGGGCAAAUACAGAACAUUCAGUGUAAUUGUGAUCCAUCUGGAAGCACAGGGCAGUGCAUUUCUGGACGCUGUGUCUGCAAGACUGCAGUUGCAGGAGAGCAAUGUGACAGAUGCAAGGAGGGUUAUUAUAACUUAAAUGCAAGGAAUCCAGAGGGCUGUUCUCCAUGCUUUUGUUACGGACAUUCAACUACAUGCUCCAGUGGGAAAAAUUAUAGUGUCUAUAAAAUUACAUCUACAUUUCAACAAGGUGAUGAAAGUUGGCAAGCUCAAGAAAAUGGAUCCCCAUUACAGCUCCAAUGGUCUCCACAGCACAACGAAAUUUCUGUGACCUCUAGAAGGCUGGGUUCCAGUUAUUUUGCAGCUCCAGCCAGGUUCCUUGGGAACCAGCAGCUGAGUUAUGGACAGACGCUGUCUUUUGAUUAUCGAGUGAACCGACCUGGAUUUCGCCCUUCACAGCACGAUGUCGUCCUGGAAGGAGCUGGUUUAAGAGUCAUGACCCAGUUCUCAUCUAAUGGCAGGAUGCUGCCUUGUGGAAUCAGGAAGACGUACACAUUCAGGUUAGAUGAACACCCAAGUAGUAACUGGAGCCCUAGGCUUAAUAAUAUUGAGUAUCAUCAGUUAAUUGGAAAUUUAUCAUCAAUUCGGAUCAGAGCCACUCACGGAGCUGUCCCAGGGUACCUCAGUAAUGUCAUUUUGGUUUCGGCACGGCCAAGCACCGGCUCUCCGGCCCCCUGGGUGGAGCAAUGCGUAUGUCCAACUGGAUACCAGGGGCAAUUCUGUGAGAAGUGUGCUCCAGGGUAUAAAAGAGACAAUUCACGUAACUUUGGGGCCUUCAGGCAAUGUGUUCUGUGUCAAUGCAAGGGAGGAGGAACUUGUGAUACAGAAACAGGAGAGUGUUAUGCUGGAGAUGAAACCUUGGACCAUAUAAGUACUGCUUGCUCAAAUGGGUUUUACAGCCUUCCUUGGGACUCAAAGAACUGCCAACCAUGCCCAUGCCAAAGUGGCUAUGGUUGCUCAGUCCUGCCGGGCACACAAGAAAUUGUUUGUAACAGAUGUCCUCCAGGAACCAGUGGUUCUCGCUGUGAGUUUUGCACCAAUGGUUAUUUUGGAGACCCCUUGGGUGAGAGUGGACCUGUACGACCCUGCCAACCAUGUCAGUGUAACACUGUCGACCCAAAUGUUUCAGGGACUUGUGACCACUUGACAGGGGAAUGCAAGUGCAAGGAUGGAUUCUUUGCACAAUCUUUAUCUGCAAACCCAGCAGAGAAAUGCCAAGCUUGUAAUUGCAAUUCAGUAGGUUCUGAGCCGCUACAGUGUCGUAGUGAUGGCAGCUGCAUUUGUAAGCCAGGAUUUGAAGGGCCUAGCUGUGAACACACCCGUUGUCCAAUCUGCUACCAGGAAGUGAAGACUCAGGUAGAUCAAUACCGCCAGCAGCUGCAGGGACUUGAGAUACUUGCCUCUCGAGUUCAGACAAGUGGACAGCCAGCAGACUACGUUGAGCUGGAAAGGAAAAUGAGGGAGGCAAAGGAGCUGCUCCAGAAGAUUUUGAGAGAUGCAGAAAUUUUACAAGCUACUGGCAGGGCUUUGGGAAACCGAUUUUCUAAGAUGAAGUCACAAGAGUUCACUUAUCAGAGUCAUCUGGAUGAGAUCAAUGAAAUAGCCAGCAGUGCGAACUCUCUGCGCAGUCAGUACCAGAGUCAGGUACAAGAUGUCCAGAGGCUGAUUGAGAAAGCCUAUUUGGAUUUGGAUCAGAGUAAAGCAAAGAUAGAAGGCGUGAUUGUUCCAUCUUCAGAUGCCACUGGAAGUAGUUCGAACAGGUUCUUAAUCCUAGCCAACGAAGCCAUGAAGUUAGCAAACAGUCACCUGCAGCUGGCAGAUACCAUCGAGGAAGCAGCCAGGGCAGCAGAAGAUGCCUCCCAAGAAGCACUGGCAUUGCUGCAGGCCUUUGCAAGAGGAGAAAGUAUUGGGACAACAUCUGUGCAAGGGCUUCAUAAAAAAUACGAUGAGCUGAAGCUGAUGACAAAGGAACUGGAGGCUGAAGCUAGCCUAGCUGCCUCUAAUGCUGAAAGGGUCUAUCAGGAUAGUCAGCAGCAGCUUGGCUCCCUAACUCGUUUAACAAAGACUGACACACAACUUUUUCAGGAGGAGGCCAGACAGCUCCAGCAGAAAAUGGACUCUUUAUCAGGCUUCAUAGAGACUUACAUGGCAGAGUACAGGCAGCUGAAAAGCAACUUAGGGAACUGGGAGGAAGAGAUCAAAGAGUUAUUGGAAAAAGGCCAAAAUGACAGACAGUCAUCAGUUCAAUUAUUGUCUCGUGUUAACCUUGCCAAGCAAAAAGCCCAGCAGGCAGUGACUGCUGGUGAUUCUGCUUUCAAUGACGUUGAGAAUAUCCUGAAGAAGCUGAGGGAUUUUAAUUUUCAAGCAGGUGACAAGCAAAAGGAAGCCUUGGAUGCUAUGCAAAGAUUACCAUUCAUCAUCAAUAAAGUUGCAAGCGCCCGUGAAAAACUGAGGCGUGUAGGAGCAACCCUGGACAAAGCUGUUGAUGAAGCAGAGUCAGCCAGGGGAAUGUCUGGCGAAGCAAGAAAGAUUGCUGGAAACAUUGAUCAGGAGAUAGGAAGGCUGGCCUUGGAAGCAAAUCGGACAGCAGAUGGUGUGCUUGUCUUGGAGAGUGGGAUCAUGUCUCUGAAGCAGGAGGUCAAACUUGUGGGGGAAGAAUUGCAAGAAAAGGCAAAGGCAAUUGAUAUGGAUGCCUCCAUGGCUCAAGGGAUAACUGAGGCAUCCCAGAGAGCCAGAACCAAUGCUGUUAGUACUGCGAAUGCUGUCCAAGACGUACUCAGAUUCCUAGAAGAUGUUUCGCGCAUAAUAGGACAACUAGAGGAUGUGGAUGAUCAAAGUGUGAACAAGCUUGAAACUAAUCUUGGCAACGCCAGAACAAGAAACAGCCAGUUGAAAAAAAUGAUGCUGCAACUGGAGGAAACAGCCAGCCGGCAGAAGCUUCGACUCCAGACACUGGAUAGUAGCAUUACUGAGAUCCUUGCAGAUAUCAAGAACUUGGAGGUGAUCCUGGAUACUCUUCCUCCAAAAUGUUACAAUGUACAAGCCAUUGAGAGACCUUGAAGACCUUGCUGGGAAAGCAGACUUCCAUCAACGCCAUUUACCAAGCCAUGGACAAACAUCAGGGUUAGAGAAAUUAUUUUGGGGUGAAAUGAAGUGGUGCCAGCCUUACAUGAAGGGCUGCUUGUGACUCCACUGAACAGGUCCCUUGGAAGGCCUGUUCAUCAGGUUGGGAGGGCAAUUUUCUUACUCUGCCUUGUGUGGCAACCGCUACCUUUCAGCAGCAGCAGCACAAUUUGAAGGGAAUAUAAUUCAAGCCCCUACACUCUUGAAAAAACAAGGGGAGGGGGGAAUCUGUUGAUAUGACAGAAAAGCCAACCCAUAAAGAACACAGUGUGGAAGAGGCUGGAUAAGUAGGAUAUGUAUUUUCCAAUAUAUAAAAUCCUAUGUAUUUUCCUGGUUUCACCUGAAGGUGCUGUCCCAGAUGGUCAUCUACUAUUGACUCUCCAGUUUAUUUAGCCCUCAAUUUUCCUUUCUUCCAACUGUGAUUCAGUAGAACAAAAUAGAUAUUGCUGCACUCUGCUAAAUUUAUUCUGCUCUAUUAUCAAAAUGCUAGGCAAUGAAUAAUUUGUUCCAAUGCAAAGAUGGCUUCCAGGCCUGACAUAAUUAACUUUUCCACUAAACAUUCUAGAAAUACCUUUUCUUUCCAAAAACACUUAUCCACUUACUACUAUCUCUGGUGCAGUGGUGAAAUGCACUUACCUUCACUGGGUAAGUGCAUGUACCGGUUCAAUGUACCCGUUUCAGGAGUGUGAGCGCUCUCUCUCUUCUGGAUCAAAAAUGGGACAUAAUGACAUCCUGGCAGGUGGGCGAAGCCUCCCGUUGCCGGCGCUACCAGUUUGCGCGAGCCAGAUAGAUCUGGCCGGAUUUCACUGCUGCUCUGGUAGAUGUUCAGAUAAUCAUAUAGGAGAUGGAACAUGUAUCUAUCCAUAGACCUAAACCAGUUUUACAAUAAUUACCUCAGACUAGGGAUUCUGGUAACUCUUGUUCUGUUAUGGGAAGGAGAUCUUAGUGGAAUGUUCAGUAAACUGGUGAAAAGACAAUCCCCAAACAGGGAAGUGUGGGUCCUUAUACACAGGUUACAUAAGCUUGUGUAAAUAGACCUGCCUUUGAUAGAUGUGUUUUCUUCAUUUUCUUUCAUUUACUUUCUCUCCACUUUCUAAAUGACAAACUAGAAAGGGAAGAAUUUAAUAAGGGCAGUGGUCCAAAAGGUGGAUUUUUUUGGAGGGCGGUUACCGAUAUCACCCCAGCCUGGGUGUGGCAUUCAGGUCACUUCUUUGUCAAUUUAGAUAUUUCAACCAUUGCCCCAAGAUUUAUUACACACUAUGGUUUUAUUCUUUCCUGCUGAGGUUCAGAAUCAGUUCCUGAAAUACAAAGUAGGAUCUGCUGAGUUAAAUUAAGAAAAAAGGUAGGUUGAAACUGUGGCACAUGAAAAAUCUUAAUAAAUGGUUUGCUGAAUUAGGAUUAAUAUGAACUAAGCUUAUAUUUUUGCUUGUUCAUAUUAAUAAAGUUCUCUCUCCCACCAAAACAGCAGUUAGGUGUAUCUCAGCAGGAAGUUUCUUCAAAAAUAUAGUGAUCCAUCUACUCUCUGAGGCAACCUUAGUUAGAACAAAUGAUUCAAUAAAACCCAACAGGAAGAAAUCUUUAAUCUUUUUUACUGGUAACCUCAUUCAGUUACUUUGGACAGUCUCUGGACAGUCCUUUGCAAACAACUGUAUCUUGCUCCAUAAUGCAAAGUAUGUGCUGUACUAUUCAGCUACAUCAGGGGUGUCACGUUGUCAUCACAUGAUGUAUUGUGACUUUGCUAAACCGGGGGGGGGGGGGCAUGGCCAGAGCGUGACACAUCCAGCCAUCCAGUCAUGAGUUUGACGCCCCUGAGCUACACCAAUCAAAUCCAUCCCCCAACAUUAAUUUUUUGGGGUCAGUCAUAGUCUCUCAGUCUAGGGGUACAGUGCAUGGAAAGUGAAGCAUCCAGACCAUGGCCUGAGAGUUUGACGCCCCUGAGCUACACCAAUCAAAUCCAUCCCCCCCCAUUAAUUUUUUGGGGUCAGUUAGUCACGGAGUCUAGAGAUACAAUACUCCAACAAAUUUGUUGUUACAGGAAAAAUUGAAAUGGAAAGACCAUGGUCCUGGAAUAAAAGUGAGAUAUCUCUUUGUUCAAUAAAAAUAUAAAUUAUGCCAUAAUACAAAAGUUUAAUUUGAGAGAUUUUGGGGGAAAACAAUACAUUUAUGAUGUGUUGCUUACUAACAGGAUUCUGCUUCUACACAAAAUAGUGUGUUCAGCCUAGGAUAUUUGUACAGUUGAUAUUCUGUCUGGUUUGCAUUUAGUUGGUUUUAAUCUUUUUUUUAAAGAGAGAAGAAACCUUUUGUCAUACUGCAAACAGAAAAUAUGCCCCCAAAUUCCCUAAUAUCAAAGCAACAUUAA